ACAGACACGUUCGUUUAGGGAACAGAUAAAUAGCAAGAAACUUCAGCAUGUACUCAACUAAAAGCGAGGGACCGCGCAGAGGAAGAUCUUUUGACUCAAUCAACCUUGGUCUGACAUUGGAAGAGAAGCAACUAAACAAUGAAAUGAGCAAAUCUGCCUUUACAAAGAUAGAGGAGAAUAAUGACAACAAAACCAUGUUUACAGAGAAGGGUCGGACUGCUGUUGUGUUUUCUUUGAAAAAUGAAGUCGGUGGGCUUGUCAAGGCACUAAAACUUUUCCAGGAAAACCACGUCAACCUUGUACACAUUGAGUCGAGAAAAUCCAAAAGACGUAACUCGGAAUUUGAGAUCUUCGUGGACUGUGAUAGUAACCGUGAACAGCUGCACCAGAUCAUUCAGUUGCUGAGGAAACACGUAAACGUGCUUGAGAUGGACGCACUGGACAACCGCUUGCCAGAAGAAAGUGAGAUGGAGAACGUGCCGUGGUUCCCAAAGAAAAUUUCCGAUCUGGAUAAAUGUGCAAACCGUGUGCUGAUGUAUGGAUCAGACCUAGAUGCCGAUCACCCUGGUUUCAAGGACAACGUCUAUCGCAAAAGGAGAAAGUACUUUGCAGACUUGGCCAUGAGCUACAAAUAUGGAGAUCCAAUUCCCCGCAUUGAGUUCACAGAGGAGGAGGUGAAAACAUGGGGAGUUGUGUUUAGAGAGCUGAAUAUACUCUACCCCUCGCACGCCUGUCGUGAGUACCUGAAGAACCUACCACUGCUCACCAAACACUGUGACUUUCGCGAGGACAACAUCCCACAGCUGGAAGAUGUCUCACGCUUCCUCAAAGAGCGUUCUGGCUUCACCAUCAGGCCUGUGGCAAGAUAUCUCUCCCCACGAGACUUCCUGGCAGGUUUAGCCUUCCGUGUGUUUCACUGUACUCAGUAUGUCAGACACAGCUCUGACCCCCUCUACACACCUGAGCCAGACACAUGCCAUGAGCUGCUAGGACAUGUCCCUCUUUUGGCCGAGCCCAGCUUCGCUCAGUUUAGUCAAGAGAUCGGUCUUGCAUCACUGGGGGCGUGUGAUGACUCCAUCCAGAAACUCGCCACUUGUUAUUUCUUCACUGUGGAGUUUGGCCUCUGUAAACAAGAAGGGAAGCUGAGAGCAUAUGGAGCCGGUCUGCUGUCCUCCAUUAGCGAGCUGAAGCAUGCACUAUCAGGAAACUCCAGGAUCUUGCCCUUUGACCCCAAUGUGACAUGCAAACAGGAGUGCAUCAUCACAACCUUUCAGGAUGUCUACUUUGUUUCAGACACGUUUGAGGAAGCAAAAGUAAAAAUGAGGGAGUUUGCAAAGACCAUCAAGCGGCCAUUCUCGAUACGCUACAACCCGUACACACAAAGCGUGGACGUUCUGAAGGACACAACCAGCAUCAACAGUGUAGUGGAGGAGCUAAGACACGAGUUGGACAUUAUUGGAGAUGCACUCAACAGGUUAAACAAACAGUUAGGAGUCUGAAGAACCAAUUUCAUGGCUACUUCAUGUUUCUGUCACAAAUCUAAGUUCACUUGAUUCAUCACCGUUCUUCUCUCUCAAAAUAAUGUAUGGCAUGACUAAAAUGUUUUGUCCUUGAUGAAAUGUACCUGCCAAAUGAACUAAAACCUCUGGUUAAUUUCUAUUGAUAUUAUUAGUCUGGAUUUUUCUUGUUCUGUUUAAUAUGCAGUUCUAUACUAACUGCUUGUAUGUGGUGUUUUUUUUUCUUUUCCUUCUUGGUAAGGGUAUUGCUAGGUGACCACAGAGAUUAAGAUUAAAUUCCAGCUAGGCAUGUGACUUUUAGUCUGCAAAAUUGGUGUCUGUAUAAGGUGAUAUGGGCCUAUUGGCUAUUUUAGUUUUGCAUUUAAGUAAUUUGUUUCAAUUUGACAUCGUAUGGCACCUUAUUACUGUCUUUUAGAAAAACAUAGAAUAUGAUUUAUCUUUUUACCCCCUAUGUGCACAGUAUUAUGAAACAAGUAAAAGUUUUGUAUCAUUGUAAGCCUAAUUCAAUGUAUUAUACAGUGUAUCUCUCUCUUAUUUGUGAAUGGAUGUCUCUCUUCAAGCAUAGAACAGGAUAUGGACAUUGACUUAUUAAAAAUUACAUGUAAAUACUGCACAUGGAAGAAUAUUUUUAAAUUAAUGUAAAACAUACUUAGCUUCUACAGGAGUAAUUAAUCUACACCAUAAGUCUACUUAUCAUUUCAGGUUUAAGAU